AUGACAUCCGGAGGAAGUCCAAGGAAGUCUGUAGGACUUCUGAAGGAGCGCAGGAAAGUCCAGAAGGACUAUCCAGAUCCGGAUGAGUGCGAGAAACUUCCGGAAAUUACUAUGAGGUUUUGUCCUGAAUGGAUACAGAGGAAAGGCUGCAGGGACCAAGUCCGAAGCAGAAUAGGUCCGGAGGACCGUGGGAAAGUUCCGGAGGAACUUCCGGAAACUUGGAGUGUAGGAUCAGAGGAGCGGAGGAGCGGAGGAGCGGAGGAGCGGAGGAGCGGAGGAGCGGAGGAGCGGAGGAGCGGAGGAGCGGAGGAGCGGAGGAGCGGAGGAGCGGAGGAGCGGAGGAGCGGAGGAGCGGAGCUCUGGCCUAGGGAAUUCCUCCCUAGGCCUGAGAUGGAUAUUGACUAA